CGUAACAUUAGCUUAGAGACAAAGUAAAAUACCCGUACGUAUUUUAUACGUAACUUUCCUGUACCGUAUUUUACUAACUAUCCCCGCGUAGCUUCGCCCACCCAUUCCUUGUCGAAAGAGGUCGCCUUCUCGCCGCUGUGGAAGGAAUCAAUGGAAGCAAUUUCACCAGAUGCAAGGUCACAACGUCGUUGCCGCCCCUUCUUCAUCCUCCAGAUCGAUCAUCGGUCGUCGUCGCCAUCCCCUGCAUUGCCUUGCACGUUUCAUCCUCACCUCCCUGCCUGCUUCCUUGCUGUUGUCCCCUCCCAUUUACCUCGCCGGCACCCCUCGUCGGAGCCAAUUGCUAGCUCACCAUCGCCUUGUCUCAAAUAAUGGUGAGAUUUGAUAGAGAGAUUCAACGGCGAGGGUCGUGGUGGCGACUGGCGACAAACGAGAACUUUGGCCGACGACCUCUAUCUCUCCUUUAUUGUCAAAGCAAGAUCCAGAACAGUGGAAGCAUAUCCUUCUUUCAGGCCUUCUUCCUCUUCCUCCUGUGUUCCUCUAUCUCUCUUUGGCAAUAGAGGCAAAAGUAGAUACUACUCUGUAGUCCACAGCCCGAUUCGGCGGCGAGAUUCGGCAGUCGGAUCCAGAAAUCUAGCCAGGUCCACCCCCUACGUCGGUCUUUAGCUAACCGCGACACCGACCCGAAACCGUCGACGACGAUUUUCGGCUAACCAACAAGGCAAUCGGUGGAGGUUGAGGUUUUUGGGUGAUUGUCGGAUGCGGUUACCAGCGUUUGCGGUUCUGUUAAAACCGAAACCGCACCGCUAACAGCCCUAUACACAUGUUUCUCCAUCACCGUUGUUGUCAAAGACAGUUAACAUAUUCACCACCAUUGGCAACGAUGGUAGCAAGGCUUCUUUUUCUCUGCUCCCUCACUCACUCUCUUAACCAGUGGGGUCAGGACCAUUUGGUGCAGAAAAUGAACUAGCAUGCACACCUCAUUGAUUUAUCUAUCAUAUUCCAUUAGGUUUGAGUAGGUUUGCUUGGGGACAAGAAAACGCCUAAGUGUGG